UAGAAAUUUUUAUCAUGGUUUGGCUGUGAGCAGAGAUGAAUAAUUUUGAUUUCUCUGGAUCAGUUCGUUUUUUGUUUGGUUGUGUUUGAUUUUGUACACUGUCGUCGGUGAUUGGUGCUCUAACAAUAUGGCUGAGACUGCACCAGUUGCUCCUAGUCAAGAAUUGUUGGAGUGGCCAAAGAAAGAUAAGCGCCGCUUCCUUCAUGCUGUCUACCGUGUUGGUGAUCUUGACCGCACCAUCAAGUUUUAUACUGAAUGUUUUGGAAUGAAGCUCUUGAGGAAAAGAGAUGUCCCAGAGGAAAAAUACUCCAAUGCUUUUCUUGGAUUUGGCCCUGAAGAAAACCAUUUUGUUGUGGAAUUAACAUAUAAUUAUGGGGUAAGCUCCUAUGAUAUUGGAACUGGCUUUGGACAUUUCGCAAUUGCAACUCCAGAUGUUUACAGAAUGGUUGAAGACAUCCGGGCCAAGGGUGGAAACAUCACUAGGGAGCCUGGUCCAGUUAAGGGUGGGACCACUGUCAUUGCAUUUGUGAAGGACCCUGAUGGUUACACUUUUGAGCUCAUCCAAAGAGCAUCAACCCCUGAGCCACUGUGUCAAGUAAUGCUUCGCGUUGGUGAUUUAGAGCGCUCAAUUAAGUUUUAUGAAAAGGCUUUGGGUAUGAAGGUGGUAAAGAAAGUUGAUAGACCUGAGUACAAGUACACGUUAGCCAUGCUUGGGUAUGCAGAGGAACAUGAGACAACCGUCUUGGAGUUGACAUAUAACUAUGAUGUCACUGAAUACACUAAGGGAAAUGCAUAUGCUCAGGUUGCUAUUGGCACUGAUGAUGUAUACAAGAGCGCUGAGGUUGUCAACCAUGUCAUACAAGAGUUGGGAGGGAAGAUUACUCGGCAGCCAGGGCCAAUUCCUGGCAUUAACACAAAAAUCACUUCUUUCUUGGAUCCGGAUGGUUGGAAAACUGUGCUGGUUGACAAUGAAGACUUCCUGAAGGAAUUGAAAUGAAGAGCGAUGACUCUACUAGUGAUUUUGUAAUGAAUAAUAUAUUGUCUGUGAUGAGUGGACGUUACGCAUCUGUGUCUAGUCUACUUCUCUGUGAUGAGUGAAGAGUGAGUGCUUUUGUAGGUGCUGGUUGUGCGGUUGUCUUAGAAACAUGGUUGAUGUUAUCAAUCUACCUAUUGAAAUGUCUGUUUUCUUUUUUU